CACCCGUGCCCACCUCCUGCGAGGAUUCAAACCCAACAGGUAGCAUCUCCAUUUGGCCCCGUUACUCGUGCAACCUCGCCGUCGCCUUUUCGACGGUGCAUAGAAACUGAAGCGUAUCCGUCGGCCGGCAGCAAUGGCCCUUGAAGAAGACAAUGUACAAUAUAUCUGUGUCGAUAAACCUCGAUGCGGAUUGUGUCAAUUCCGAUUUGAAGACAACGAGUUGGUGGUAGCAGUCUACGACGAUAAUCGUAUGUCCGGUGCGUUUGGCUUCCGACGAACUGAUACGCGCCAGGAUGAGUCGGUCAACAUUGCAUUGCACAUGUGUUGCCAGAGUCGCUGCUACAGGAGCAAACGCCGCGUACCCUGCCUUCACAGAGAAUGUUAUUCCUUUCAAAUGAUUCCGAUAUCAUCGAAUUACCUCGCGGCCACCAACUAUGACUUCAAUCCAUCUAUUCAACUCGAAUUGCAAAGACAAAGGCGCAUCGAAUGGGCAGUGGCGAAGAGGCUCAAGGGUACGUUCUUAGCUCAAAUGCCGCAGGAGCUUUGCCGCAUUGUUGCUAGGUAUAUCAUUCGUGAACUGGCCGCCGUCGCUCUCCAAGAACGUGCAAAGGAUACACAGCCAUCUGUCUCCACAAUAAACCUGACGCGGGACGUCUACGCUACAUAUACCGACAUCGAGGGCAUUACGUAUAUCCAGUCGCUACGCAACUCACCACAAGACGAUUGUAGUAGCCGGCGUAUAUACGAUGCCCAGCAAGCACGCGUACCUCAGACCAUUCAUGUCGAAUAUGACCAUCUGGGCAUUAGAGGAAUCUACUUUGACGCACACAACAGUGAGCCACGAUCUUUCAGCGCCCGCUGCGGUGUAUGGUGGACGGAGACGGCGCGAGAGAGCGGCCUUUCGCGGAUCACGACGAAGUCUGACGGUGUGAAACUCAGACGGCUGGUGGACGCGACAGAUUCUGUGACUGUGCCCUUCCCCCGAGUACUUGGACAAGGUUGGCCUGCGCCCCGACUAGUGUGCCAGUUACUUGAUCUGGACACUUGCGACACCGCCAAAAACUCACCGACAAGCCUGCGGAUGAGCUCUUUUGAGUUCAACACACCAGAGACGAGCGGGUAUUGCGUCGCAAUCUUUGGAUUCAACAUAUCAAAAAUUUAUGCGCAUCAAUGGAAUACCAACGCAUCCUUCUACAGCGACUUGGUCAGCGAUUCGAGCUCCACGUUGUGGAUGUACAUGCCUGUCGACGAAGAGGAACAUUUGACACACAUUUGGGCCGUCAGACAUUCCGAAUCCGGUCUCGUGGGGCUAAUAUUUCACACAAACCAGGACAGAAAAGCACUGUUCGGGUGUUAUAUGGUUCACCCUAAGUUCCAACUCCAGUUCCAUCUCAUCUACUCCACAACAAGACGUCCUUCCCGGGUGUACUUCAAUGAGUGGGACCCAUUUGAAGACGAAAAGCGUCUCAAAUACAUCGGGAUCGAGAGCGACGCCACGGGAACAAACAAGGCUAUCAAACAACGCUUGGAAACAUCUACAAGCAUGUGCCCUCUGCCCCUUACAUCCACACCGCCACCUUACACGCAGUACAACGAGCCGUGGUACUACACUUACUGCAUGUUGGAAAAUGUUGUGGAAAUUGCAUGCUGCGUCGAUAGGACCAUUUCACACAGACCUAUCAUUGGCAUGCUGAUGUACUACGGCGAUGGCCAUCGUGCCUGCAUAGGGCAAUAUCGGCUGGACUGGGUUGUCGACAGGUUUUCUGUUGAUCCUGCGAUGUUGCUGCGUAUUGGCUUGGCGAAGACCCGGAGAAAUCUUCCCUAUGUCGUGAGAAUUUGCUUGAGGAAACCGGCCGCUACGGUAUCCGGCCCUAUCUCCUGGAUGGACGUUCCUUGGCAGGGCAAGCUUGAGUGGUGGUUUUCACAACGUCAGUGUCGGCUAUACCAUUGUGACUGAAUCUUAUUGAAUG